AUGGAGGCAUGGACUCAAUUUUUCAUCCGAGCAGGUAUUCCGAACGACAUCGCCGGCAAAUAUGCGAAGAAAUUUAACACUAAUAGGUGAAAACGAGCAAUAUGAGAAAUGCUCAUUUUGUACGAAUUUUUCAGAAUAACGAAGGAAAUGCUUCCGGAACUCGAUAAACCAACUUUGACCGAACUGGGAGUCACUGCAAUCGGGGAUCAGGUUAAUUUUUUUAAAGAUUUUGUUGUAAAUCUUUCGAUUUUUCCAGCUCUGCAUAUUACGCCGUAUAAAAGCGGCCAAAUCGACGCUCGAGCGCUCUAUGGAUACUGAAGAGGACGAGCCGGAAGAAGAGGAGAUGCCCGCCAAGAAGGUGAAAUCAAGAAUUACUGCUCCAGCAAGUAAGAAAUUCCCAUUAAACUUUUCGGAUUCAAUUUUGAAAGCUUCAGCCUAUUCCCCGAUUUCGGGUGUUUCGGAGUUGCGACGCGGAAAACCGCCACCGGACCGCAAUGAAAUUUAUCAUGUCAAAAUGCCGGCUGGCAAUACGAUUCGGACGCGGACGAUCAUGCGGAAGGCCGCGGAAAUGAGACAGCAAGGUGAAAUGUGGCAGAAAUAAAAACAAAUAAUUCGAAAAUAACCUCUAAAGUUAAACUUAAGGGUUGCUUAGACUAAAACUCUUGAGUAACUCCGUAUUUUCUUCAGGUUUGGCCGUGCGAGGAACGACCGGUGUUCGUCAAGGCGGUCGCGACGUUUCGCCGAUUGAUAAAACGAGUUUGGCGGCCAGAUUGAUGAAGAAGCAGAGUGCCGGUACAAAUUUAGAAGCUUCUUAGUGCGUUACCAUUUAUAAAAAGGUUUAGAAGUAUCGUCUUCAACGGAUCGUCAUCACGGAACUAAAAUUGGAAGAAUCUCUUCGUCCACGAUCAAGAAGUACGAGUUUAUCACGGUUUUUAACUGAAGCAACACUGUUUCUUCAGAACCAUCGCGAAUCGUCCGUCUUUGAGGUCCCGCCUCACCACCGUCACGCCUUCAUCUUCGGGAAUACGAAUCCACAUGGAUUCAAGAGCGCAACCAAACAGCAGAAUAGAAGGACGUCUUCAAAGAGCGUCGGGAGGCGUCGAAACGAGCGGAAGACGUGCCGAUGUGGUGGUGGAGUACGAAGACGACGUGACCGAGUACGAAGAGGUUAUGGAAGACGACGUCGACUACGUAGAUGAUGACCAGGUAAACAUUGUGUUGACUUUUUCGAAACAAAAAAGGACAACUUUCUCAACUGUUUGCAGAAAAACUUUAAAAAUUUCAUUCAUGGGUGAUUUUACACCACGGACAGCCCGGAUAUUGCCUGACGACCGUGAUUUUUGGCAUUUUUAUCUGCUUUUAUUGUUAUUGGGUAGAAAAUGAUCUAUCGGUGCCAUUUUCAACACCAAUGAUCUAAAUGAAACACGCCAAAAACGUACUGAAAACUUAAAAAACCAGCCCGUGACAAAUAUUAAAAGUAUGAUAUUCUUGCAGGUGAUGUACGAGGAUGAAUUGGUCGAAGAAGAAGUCGUGUCGGUUCCAGUUCGUCAGAGACUCAGCUACGGAUCGUCGGCGCCGAACAGAGUCGCCAGCACCGUCCAUCGCGCUCCGAUUGCGGCUCCGACCAGAAGCAGUGAUCAUAACAGGUAUACAAUUAAAAAAAAAAAUUCUAUCAAUUUUCUCAGCCACAAUCGAAGGAGAAACGAGAAAGCGUCGGAUUCGGUGUUCAGCCGUGUCUCCUACCAUCGACGCUAA